UAAAUAUAUCUAAAAUUAGUCGCAUAUCCAGGGCAACAAAACCACUGUAUACCAGUGUAAUAUAAUAGUAAAAUAAUAACUAAAUAUUUGCUUUAUGGGCGUGAUUAAAGCAGGCUAAUUUACAAUUUUCGAUUAGGUACUAUUCAAAAGAUGAUGUUAAAAAUGUUAAUAAUUAGUCUGAAAUAAUGAUUUACGGUUUUUUAUUAACAACUGUGCAAUUUACGCCGCAGCCUCCGACCUUUUUCAAUUCGCGACGACCUUCACCUGUUGACCAGCAAUAAUUAUUCUCCUGGUAUAUACGUCGUCGAUCGAACACACCCAGUGUCUUCGCAAACGCGACGUAAACAUGAGCGGCGACGCUUGCGACGACGUCGACGACGCCAAGUCCGCGCUCGAACGCCUCGGUGAAUCAGAUGAAACGCGUCGCGACGCUUUACGUCAAAUACGCGCGUGGCUCGAGGAACAACCACUUCGCGCACGCGUCGAAGACAAAUACCUGCUGCCGUUCCUGCGGGUCUCCAAAUUCGACCAGGCCAAAACCAAACGAAGAGUCACCAAUUAUUACACGAUGAAAAGGGACCGACCUGAGUGGUACCAGGACAGAGACCCUUUGAUCCCCGAACUCGCGGAACUCGUCAAGCUAGGGGUGUUUCUACCUCUGAGAAGACGCGGCGUGGACAAGCGUCUGGUCGUCAUCAUACGUACCGCGGUUCACGAUCCUAAGAAACAUCAACAAAACGACGUCUUCAAGGUGGGCAAAAUGAUACUCGACGUCGCCUGCAUGGAAUAUGAACCGGUGCAGCUGUACGGCGUAUGCGCCAUCUUUGAUAUGUCGGGCAUUAGUUACGCGCACUACAGAGAAUUGACGCCGGGCGUCGUCAUGAACGUAGUGCACGCGUGGCAAAACCACUACGUCAGUCCGAAGACGUUGGAGUUCGUCAAUGCUCCGGUCUACGUCAACAUCGCUCUGGACGUCUUCAAGAGGUUCAUGUCCUCGAAGAUGAGGGACAGGGUACUGGUGCACUAUGGCGGGGUAGAGAGCGUACCGCAAGACGUCCUGCCGCCUGAGUAUGGCGGGUCGGGGGACAGUGUCGCUGAGUUGGCAGAUUAUUGGCUGGGAAAGCUGGUAGAGUACCGGGAUUGGUUCGUAGAAGACGAAGCGUUCAGGGCAGAUUGAAGGAAGAUUGAUA